AGGAAAUGAUACAGGACUGAACAUGUUCUGUGGAAGAUAAGUGUUAGGAUUACAAAAGAACCAGCGUGAGAAGAAGUUUUCUAACUACUUCUUAGGAAGUCCUCCCUGGCUGGUGUCCACCUAUAAAAAGUAGAGCAUGGCUUCCAGGCACCCAGUAGGAGAGUAGGAUAAACACAGCAAGGCUAUUAUCUGGAAUUACUGAAGGACAGACCCAGUCAGCGUCUCUUCAUCUUCACUGACAGAACACCAGGACAUUGGUUUACAGCUCCAGACAGAAUGAACGCUGUGAUCCGGGCUGUGAUACUCCUGGCCUGUGCUGCCAUUUGUACAUCAAGAAUUACAGAUGGACAUUGUAGAUGUGUGAAGACCACCGGUUCAGUCAACCCCAAACUCAUCCGUACUGUGAAGUCCUAUGAUCCUCGUCCGUACUGCAACAAAAAAGAAGUCAUCGUCACUCUCAAAGAUAAGACAGAACAGUGUCUGGACCCUGAUGGAGAAUUUACCCAGGCAGUCCUGGCUACAGUGAAAAUGCAGAGGGAGCUUCACGUUGCCAGGAAGAAAAGUACCACCACCCCCAGAACAACAACUGGGUCAACUGGGAUGACUGGGACAACAACUUCAACACCUCCAACCACAACAUGAAUUCAGAUUCAGAUUCAGAAAACUUUAUUCAUCCCAUACAGGCAAUUCAUUUGCAGCUUACAACAGACAUCAGCCCACGUCCAAAGUGCAAUGUGACAACUACAAUUACACUGAACAAAAAUAUAA